AUGAGACCUUUGGUCAAAAAGAUUGUCAACGUCAGAGAAGGCUUUGAAUGUUCGAAGAAGAAGCUAUACAGUGAGAGAUGUACCGCGUACACGAAACGUAUGGGAAAGGAUGAUGCUGAUGAUGUAUGGCCAACGGCUAGAAAAUCCUUGUUUCAAGCCGACUGCGGAGUUAAAAAUCCUUCGUGUCCUGCGAUGACUUUAUUAAAGACACGCCUCGUAUCAACUGAAACCGUUUCAGGCAGUACGAAAGAGAAGGGAUCUGAGUCUCUUUCAGUUUCGUCGGUUGAGGUAAGAUGUAUUUAUUUGGCUUUGUAGUCGAUUUAUGAUUAAAUAUGCGCACAGAUUUUCCAAAAAUGUAUAAUUAAAAAUUCUGCAACCCCCGAGCAAAAUAUUUAUAAUCGUUCAUGUUUUCUAAGCACUAGUUUUAUACAUCGCCGCAAGCGUGUUUACCUUAUAUUAUAUAGUAUAACAUUCAUUUAUAAAAUAUAACUUCAAUCCAGGAUUCACUGUACGUCUUCAUAGUCUAGGACCUGUAUAUGAGUUUGUAUGCAUUUCAUUUAGGACAGAUAAUCUCAAACCAGUGAUAAUAUAUUUAAAUAAGUACCAUUUUUUUUUCUAUCAAAAAGAUUUAGGGAAAAAGGUAAUGUAAGUCCACUGCUGUUUAUCUGAAUUUGCAAGCCACAAAUUGAUGUUUAACUAUGAUUAUUGCAUGGCCAUUUUCUUGUGAAAUAUUAGUGCUAGGCAUUUCACACUUACCAAUGACCACCCCCAAUCUCUGAACCAUGUAAGCACCUCAGAAUAGCCAAAGCUUUUAUGGUUUGGUAGAUAGCAGUAUGGCGAAAGCGUCGUUUCUGGGUGUGGUCAGUUUCGGGCGUUUCGCCCUGGAUUGGGGUUCGGGCAGCGUUACCAUGUUGACCGUCAUGGUCAACUUGCCCUAAAACAGUUGAGAUUAUUUGUCCUAAAUGAAAUGCAUACAAACUCAUAUACAGGUCCUAGACUAUCAGGCUGUUUACAAAGUUCAGAUAAAAAAUGGAAAAAAACCUUUUGAAGAAUCCUGGAUUGAAGUUAUAUUUUAGAAAUGAAUGUUAUAAACUGAGUUGAAGGUUUUAGAUGAAUAAUUAAUAGCCAUUGUCAUGUACAAUAACAAUAAAUACUGUUUUCAUCUACAUCUAUUUAUAAACCAAUUAAUAAUAAGGCAUCAAGGGGGGGGGGGCUUAAUAGAAAGACAACCUUCUAAUAAGACCCACCCCCUCCUCAUAGACAUGUCCUUUUAUAUUAGUAGUAGUAAGUGUUGUAAUUAUUGUUCUACAUUUUAAGGUGAUUAUCAACUACCCUAACAGCACAAAAAGAAUUAGACUGCCAGACAAUGCAUGUGCUGUUGGACGCCAGUUAGCAGUUGGCAAUGCAAAGUCAUUUGCUGCAUCUGUUAUGAAACAUGGUGACUUUCAAGAUGCUGUUUAUGAAGAAACAUGUUCUGUAGUACAGAAAGAACUGCAAAACUUGUGUUCGCUCUCACAUCCUUCACUUCUUCGUAAAACUACUUCCAGUGAUCUGGCAUCAUUUGACUGGAAAAAUAUGAAUGCUGAACUUGUUGAAAGAACUCCAAGAUUUCAUCAGCUUAUUACCUCAUCUGUGAACAAUCCAUCUCAUACAAGGAAUGUGAACAAAAAGGAAUCGGCUCUUGUCCCACCUAUGUGUGAUGCUGCAUGCCAAUUAAUUUCUAUUUUCAAUGGAGACAUGAAUGCAACUAGACGUGUGAAAUCGGUAAUUCUGAAGAAAGAUGGUUUGAAGAAAAUCGGUUUUAAAAGGUUGUCUGCCUUAAAUAAUUGUAUGGGAUACAAUUCUACCAGUAGAAUGUUUGAUUCUUUUGGAGAAGACUUUGACAAAAAGCUGAAAAUGUGGAAAAAAGAAGUGGAAGCAGAUGAUGAAAGGGAGAAAGAUUUGUUAUCGACUCAAGGUGCUGUACAGGUUAAUACCAACAACCAGGAAUUGGACAAACACAGAGAAGAAAUGCAUCCUGGGUACUCUUUCACAGGAGAUAAUGUAGACAUAAGAUGCAAGCCACGUCAGAUGACAGCAAAGAACCAAAACAAAGAUCAUCAUAUGUAUCAAUAUGUUGCAUUCAAGAACAGGAUAUCUCCAAAUCAUCUGCCUAAUGACCAAGUAACAAUGAAUGUUGACAAAGUGCCUCUUACCACAUUCCUACCAAAUGCUGCUGAACAAAGUAUGUUGGUUGAUGAGUUUGUAUUCCUUGUUGGGCAAAUAUGGGCCAAGCAUAUACCUGCCUUGGCAUGGUUUAAAGAGCACCUUCCAGAUCAAAUUCAGCAUGUAUACAUGAAGGAAACCAAGCAGAAAACAGAGAAGGUACAGUACAUCAGACAAUUAAUAAUACAAUUAAUGGAUAACACAGUUUAAGAAAACAUCAAAUAUUGUUUCAUAAUAAUAUGUACAGUAGCUCAUUUAAACAUUUAUUAUUCCAUAGGUAAAUCUUGGAGUGUUACAGAAGAAUGAGCAGUAUGAAGCUGAAAUGAUAGAUUUGUUAGAUUGGAUACACAAGUAUGUUCCUGGACACUCAGAGAAUGAUGCAGCAUCCAAACCAGUUAAAGUAUUGAGUGGAGGCGACUAUCUGACAUUCGAAAGGCACAAAGAAGCACAGUCAGCGAUGCAGGAUGCAAGAACUCCUUCAACAAGAAUGGAAGGUCUUAUUCCAAAAACUGAAGAUUUUCAUACUCAAGCAGAAUGGACAAAGGUACUACUUAUUAAGGUGCUGUUACACUGUGCAACUUGUCUUGUAAUGACAAAUUGGCUGACCAACAAAACCAUUGCAAUACAAGUUGCAAGGUAUUUCUUGAAAUACAUUGCAUAGUUGCUGAAUCGUUGUGAAAGUAGAACCUGCUUCUACUUUGUGCCAGUGACAGAUUUUUCUCUGGGGGAGUUGAAAAAUUAAGGGGUGGUACAAGCAAAAUGGAACUUUAUUUCAAUCAUACUACUGUCAUUUAAUUCAAUUUAUAGCAUUCAAUUUUCUGGGGGUUUGCAAUUUUUUUGGGGGGGGGGAUAUUUUUUUGGGAGGGGGUGCAUCCCCCCACACACACAAUCUGUCCAUGCUUUGUGCAAUGCUUCUUUUGUGAGGCAUGUUACGUACACUAUGUGAUUUGUUACAACAUUUUGAUACAAGUUGCAUGCAUAGUGUAACACUAACAGAGCCUUUACUCAAUCUGGAUCAAAAUGUUCUAUUGUAAGACUCCACUUAAAAGCUAUCAAUUUUUUAUAUCUGUAGGUCAUCUGGAAUCAUCUAUACAGCACAUCUUCAGCUAGAGAUGUUGGAACUCUGUAUGCAGCUAGAAAUGCUAUUGAUGCGAGAAAUGUUUCAUGUGACCCUGAUAAGAACUUCUAUGCAUCAAGUGAAUUUCUUGACAAGGUCAUGGAUGCAUAUUUGAUUGUAGGAGCCCUUGAUUUCUUUGGAAUGGAAUCUGUAGACGAUGAACCAUCCAAAAACAAAAAUGAAGGCCUUGCUGGGAAUUUUGACGAGAGGGAGUAUGUCAUCAGCUCUAUCACCAGGUUUAUAGAGGAGCAUGUUGUUCACCAAAUACCUGAAGUGGUCAGUCCACCAGAGACAAAAGAGUUGCAAUGCCGAGUUUGUGGAAAGAAAUAUGUUCGUCCCCAUGCUUUGCGGGCCCAUGAGGUGAAGAUUCAUGACAUUGUCAUUGAAGAGCCAACUGUGAGCUCCGCAACUAAAGAUCCCAAGCAGGUUGACCACCUCUACAAUUACACUCACCAGCUGCUAAUUAUGCUACUUCUCAGAGCCGAUCACAAUGAUGCUAUCAAGUUUGGUGAUGGUGCACGUGUGAUUCGACUGUAUAAGUAUUAUAUGCUCUUUUUUAAAGUCUCCCGGUGCCCGAAAUAUGCAUAUGCAAUGUUGCAUCUUCAAACGCAAGUAAACUGUUUGCUUACACCAAGGCUAGCACACUCUCUUGUUUGGAACAGGUUUGUAAACCAUCAAGGCAAAGCUGACACAAACCAUCCGAUGGACCUAGAAAUCGAACACGACAACAAGUUCUUCAAGAAUGACUGUCACAGUUAUCGGGGGGAAUUUACAGAUAAAACCGUGAAUCGAAUCGGUAGAAGUACAGAGAGCUCUGAGAAGAUAGCAAAGAAUUUUGAUCACACUACAUCUGUGAAAAGGCCGUCCGGCCGGCACACUAGAUUGUCAACUGACGAAGAUGUCAAAGCACUUGUUGAGCAUGUGAGCUCAGCAGAAGUAUUCAAAAACAUUCCCGGACGAGCUCAUUCAGCUUUUCCAAAUAUUUCCCACAACCUUCUGGAACAAAUACCAAUGGAUAAACUUCACAAAUGGAUGAAAGAGUCUUUGAAGAAAUUUAGCAAGAAACAUUUUUAUAAGAUUUAG